UGAUCAAGUCCUGUGAGCGCUUUGCCUUCCUCGCUAAAUUAGUGGAAGCCGGAGGCCAAUUGAGGCGGUUAGCGCCGCGCCGGGAAUUGCGAGUGUGCGCGGAAAGCCGCGGCGCCUGAUUACCGGCCAUUGUUCCCAGCCAGUUAGCGGCGGAUCGGCGCCGCGCGCCACCCAAUUGAGGCCAUUGGCGGUAGUUAGCGCCGCCGCUGCUGCUGCUGCUGCUGCUGCUGCUACUCCCUGCCCCCUGCUGCUGCCGCCGCGCCCGCUGCUGUGUGACCGCCAGGUCGCCGCCACUAAUUGCCUCAUUACCAGGUCGUCAUGAACGGCCAGCCCAACCCCGCCCCCCCCUCCGUGGCCAAGGGGGUGGGCGGCGGCGGCGGCGGAGGCGGCGGUGGUGGUGUGAACAGCGUGCCCUCGGGCGUGGGACAGGGCGUGGAGGGACAGGGCGUGGGGCCUGGUGGAGGCGCAGGCGGCGGCGGCGGUGCGGGCGGCGGCACCUUCCACAGCAUCCACGUGAUGCUGGGCCUGCCCGGGGAGUUGCUGAUGGGUCCUUCCCUCGGGGGCGCCGCGCCCCGCGACUACCACCACGACCCCGCCGCCCUGCAGCAGCCCGCUACGCCCGUGCCGCACUCCCACGCGCCCACCUCCAACACGCCCACGCCCUCGGCGCACUACAACAGCCCGCAGCCCGCGCCCUCGCUCACCACACUCAGCGGUCAGAGCACGCACGCGCACGUGCAGAACAGCCACACCCACACGCACGUGCCCGCCGCAGCCCACAACACGCAGGUGCAGACCUCACACGCCCACACCACGCACGCCCACCCCGCCACUCUGGAGGCGCCCAUGCCCGCCCCAAACGUGGGCGAGAAGAGGAAGCUGGAUGACAGCGGCGGCUACUCUUGCCCCGCGGCCACCACGCCCCCCCAGCAGCAGCAGCAGCAACAACAACAGCAGCAGCAGCAGCAGCAGCAGCAACAGCAGCAGCAGCAGCAGGGCACCCCCACCACAGGUGAAUCUUCAUCAGCCAAGAAGUCAGACUCGAAGAAGAAGGCGUCAGACACUCCGGGGGUGAAGAAGAAGAAGACAAGGACCACCUUCACGGCCUACCAGCUGGAGGAACUGGAGCGGGCCUUUGAGCGGGCGCCCUACCCUGACGUGUUCGCAAGGGAGGAGUUGGCGGUGAAGCUGAGUCUGUCUGAGUCGCGUGUGCAGGUGUGGUUCCAAAACAGGCGGGCUAAAUGGAGGAAACGAGAGCCGCCUAGGAAGAACUACAUGCCCCCUGGCGGCAUGGGCGGUGGUCUCGGCGGCUCCUUCAACUCCCUCAACUCUCUGUCGCCCUUCAAUUCCGGGGACGCGUGGAGCUACUCUUCCACCUAUGACACCACGCACCUCAACCUGCUGGGCCCCGCGUCCUACCCUUUUUCCUCCAACCACAACCCGACCUACGGCUACCCCAUGCUGCCGCAGUCCGUGGGCAUCAACGACUCCCUUUUUCCCAACCCCAUCGGCCAGAUGCGCGCGGGAGACUUCCAGCCGUCGCCGGGGAUGCGCGACUUUGGGAACACGCAGCUCAAGCCGUACGACUACCUGCCGGAGGUGAAGGCGGAGGAUUUUCUGGGGGAGAAGCGGGAUGCCAACAUGAACAGCGUGAGGCACCACCACCAGGCGGCCCCGGCAGCAGCGGCGGCGGCGGCGGCGGCGGCGGCGGCGGCCCCAAAGGAAAGCAAGGAUCUCUCCUACACCACGCUGCCUUCUUUUUUAAGCUAACUCAGGAGCUGGACGCCUUGAAAACUGCCCGGCUUCAAGAAAACGCCCGCGCCCUUGAACCAAACCCCGCCCACGCCGCCCACGCUGCCCACGCCGCCCACAACGCCCACACCUCCCACCUAGCCCCACUCCAAGCUCCCCAGCCGCACUCCAUCCAGCCCGUGCCGCCCCCCGCGCCCCUCGUGCUGGAGCAAGCCCCUGGUGACCCCGUGGCGACCUCCUCCACGCAGGGCCUGUGCUGCGAGGAGUCCUACGAGGUGGUGGGACCAGUGGCACCCCAGAUGGGCCAAGUGGGACCCCAGGUAGGGCCUCAGGUGGCGCCACAGGUGAGCUACCACGCCCCACACAAGUACCCCCCCAGCACCCCAGCCCCCAGCCCCCUCGCAGAAGGUGCCCCAGGUCCCCCAGGUGCCCACACACCCUCAACACGCCCACCACGCCCCCCCGCCCCUAGAGGAGGUGGCGCAGCACCCCCUGCAGGAGUAUGAGGUCCCCCAAAACUAUACCCCCCAUGAAUACGACCCCCUGCCCCCCCAGGUUCCUGUAGGAGACGAGGACACGGGGGGACUGGUGUAUCCUGCAGAUCCCACGCCCUUGGGGGACCCGGGCUACCUGCAACCGUAUCCUUUAGAGACUCAGGCGCCCCUGGAGAGUCACGGCGCCCUUGACUACAGCGUCCUGGAUGCCCUGUUUGACGGCGACCCAUACCAUCCUGCGGUGGGUGAAGGACCCGCCGAAGGAUAUCAGGAUUAUCAGCAUUACUAGAGAGAGAGAGAGAGAGAGAGAGAGAGAGAGAGAGAGAGAGAGGAGUUUUCUCUACAAUAACUGUUUUAUAUUGUGUGUGUGUGUGUGUGUGUGUGUGUGUGUGUGUGUGUAUGUGUGUGUGUGUGUGUGUGUGUGUGUGUGUGUGUGUGUGUGUGUGUGUGUGUGUGUGUGUGUGUGUGUGUGUGCGU